AAUCUCCACUCAGGUCGGCUGGCAGCAGAGAGAGGACAGCUGAGGAGUUACUUUCUCUGUGGCGGAGUCUGAAACAUGUUUUAUUCUGCUCUCUGGGGGCAGAAGACGUCUCUCAAAGCCCGCUGAACAAAUUAAAAGUCAUGGCAGCGUCUGAACUUUACUCCAAGAACGCCCGUGUGUGGCUGCCAGAUGCAGCAGAAGUGUGGAAGGCAGCCGAACUGGUCAGAGAUUACUCUCCAGGCGACCUGACCCUGUCUCUGCAGCUGGAUGAUGGCACAAAAGUGGAGCACAAAAUAGACCCCCGAACUCACAACCUGCCACCUCUCAGGAACCCAGACAUCCUGGUUGGGGAGAACGACCUGACAGCUCUAAGCUACCUUCACGAACCAGCAGUGCUGCACAACCUCAGAGUGCGUUUCAUGGACUCCAGGCUGAUUUACACGUACUGUGGAAUCGUCCUGGUUGCCAUCAAUCCUUAUGAGAACCUGCCUAUUUAUGAAACUGACAUCAUCAGUGCCUACAGUGGGCAGAACAUGGGGGACAUGGACCCUCAUAUCUUUGCAGUAGCUGAGGAAGCCUACAAACAGAUGGCCAGAGAUGAGAGAAAUCAGUCCAUCAUAGUAAGCGGUGAGUCUGGAGCUGGGAAAACCGUUUCUGCCAAGUACGCCAUGCGUUACUUUGCCACAGUCAGCAGCACAUCUGAGGAAGCCAAUGUUGAAGAGAGAGUUCUUGCCUCUAGUCCGAUCAUGGAGGCCUUUGGGAAUGCCAGGACAACCAGGAAUGACAACAGCAGUCGCUUUGGGAAGUACAUCGAGAUCGGCUUUGACAAGAAGCACCGAAUUAUUGGUGCCAACAUGAGAACCUACCUACUGGAGAAGUCUAGAGUUGUUUUUCAGGCUCAUGGAGAAAGAAACUACCACAUAUUUUACCAGCUUUGUGCCUCUUCACAUCUACCAGAGUUCAAAGCCUUCAAGUUAGGUUGGGCUGACGACUUCUGCUGCACUAACCAGGGUCAGAGUCCCGUCAUUGAUGGAGUUGAUGAUUCCAAAGAGAUGCGCAGCACAAGGAGAGCUUUCUCAUUAUUAGGAAUUGGUGAUGGUGAACAAAUAGAAAUUUACCAAAUUCUAUCAGCAAUUCUUCAUCUCAGCAAUGUGGAAGUGAAGGAUCAGUCUGCAGACAGGUGCAGCAUCUUGCCAGAUAAUGCCCACCUGAUGGUUUUCUGUGAGCUCCUGGGGGUGCCUUGUGAAGAAAUGGCCCACUGGUUCUGUCACAAGAAACUCAAGACGACCACAGAGACCUUCGUUAAGCCCGUUUCCAAAACGAAUGCGGUCCACGGACGGGACGCCUUAGCCAAACACAUUUACGCCCGACUCUUCAGCUGGAUUGUGAACAGUAUUAACGUCGCUUUGAAAUCUACGGAGAAACAGAACUCAUUUAUCGGCGUUCUUGACAUUUACGGGUUUGAAACGUUCGACAUCAACAGCUUUGAGCAGUUUUGCAUUAAUUAUGCUAACGAGAAGCUUCAGCAACAGUUCAACUUGCAUGUGUUCAAGCUCGAGCAGGAAGAGUACAUGAAAGAGGAGAUCCCCUGGACUUUAAUCGACUUCUGCGACAACCAGCCCUGCAUCAACCUUAUCGAGGCCAAGCUGGGCAUCCUGGACCUCCUAGACGAGGAAUGCAAAAUGCCCAAAGGCUGUGACGACACGUGGGCUCAGAAGCUGUACAACACCCUCCAGAAGCAGAACGCUCACUUUGAUAAACCCAGGUUAUCAAACCGGGCUUUCAUCAUCCACCACUUUGCCGACAAGGUGGAGUACCAGUGUGUGGGCUUCCUGGAGAAAAACAAGGACACAGUCAAUGAGGAGCAAAUCAACGUGCUGAAAAAGAGCAAGUUUGAUUUGCUGCUGAAGUUGAUGGAGGAGGAAGAAAAAGGCAAAAGUUCUACCAGCAGAUUGUCUGGCAUCCUUGGAAGAGCUGGGCAGAGUCAAAGGGAUACUAAGAAGACAGUUGGACUGCAGUUUCGACAGUCUCUACACCUGCUGAUGGACACGUUAAAUUCUACGACGCCUCAUUACGUACGUUGCAUCAAACCAAACGACCUUAAAGCCCCGUUCACCUUGGACUCUGUGAGGGCUGUGCAGCAGCUUCGUGCAUGUGGCAUACUGGAAACGAUCCGUAUCUCAGCAGCGGGCUUCCCAUCUAGAUGGACCUAUCAGGAGUUCUUCAGUCGGUACCGUGUCCUCAUGAAGCAUAAAGAAGUGCUUCCUGAUAAAAAACAAACCUGCAUGAACCUACUGGAAAAACUGAUAAAGGACAAGAGGAAGUACCAGUUUGGCAAAAGCAAGAUCUUCUUCAGAGCCGGCCAGGUGGCUUUCCUGGAGAAGCUUCGUUCAGACAAACUGCGCCUGGCUUGUGUCGACAUCCAGAAGACGAUCCGCUGCUGGCUCGCCCGCAGAAAGUACCUGCGGAUGAGAAAAUCUGCCAUCACUGUUCAGAAACACGUGCGGGGUCAUCAAGCACGCAGGUUUGUGAUGUUUGUGAGGCGGACCAGAGCAGCUGUUGUCAUUCAGCGAAACGUUCGAAUGUGGACAACAAGAAGGCGCUUCCUGCAGCAGCGCUCUGCAGCUAUCACUAUUCAGUGUUUGUGCAGGGCUCACAUGGCCAGAAAGCUCUACUAUCAGUUGAUAUAUGAGCACAGGGCGCUGAUCAUUCAGAAGUGGGUGAGAGGCUGGCUGGCCAAGCAGCGGUACAGGCGCACUCUGUCAGCCAUCGUCCUGCUGCAGAGCUGUGUGCGCCGCAUGUGGGCCAAGAGAGAACUGAAGAAGCUGAAAGUGGAGGCGCGCUCUGUGGAGCACUUCAAGAAGCUCAACGUCGGCAUGGAAAACAAGAUUAUGCAGCUGCAACUCAAGAUAAACGAACAGAACAAAGAAAACAGAGAGCUCAGUGAGAGGCUCUGUAUUCUGGAGAAGACUCGAGCCGCUGAGCGGGACCGACAGAUCAGAGAGAUAGAAAACCUUCAGAGCUCCGAGCAGGAGUCCAGGGCCAAAGCAGAGACGCUUCCCUCGCUGCUGGAGCGGCUCUCCUUCCUUCAACAUGAGCUGGAGAACACCAGCAGAGAGAAGACUGACCUGGAGGAGCAGAUGAAGAGCUACAAGGAGCAAACACAACAGGUGGUAGAUGAGCUUAAUAUGAAGAACAACUUGUUACAGAGCAACAUUGACGAAUUGAACCAGGAAGUCUUGAAACAAACUCAACAGUUGACAGAUAUUAAAACGACGUCUGAGAGCACCAAACAGCUGGAGAAAGACCUGAUCGAGGAGCGUUCUCGAUACCAAAGCCUGCUGAGUGAACACCUGCAGCUGGAGGACCGGCACAAAGACCUGAAGGAAGAGAUGAGUCUCAGUAUUAAUUCAAGCAAAUUUAGUCACAAAAGGACGGAUUCCAACUACAGCAGUAUCUCCUCUGAGUUUUCUCAGAGCUUAAGCUCGACUGAAGGUGAAGACGGCUCCGUGCACACAGAGGAUGAGAUGCAGACUAAAGCAGACCUGUCGAUUCUGCUGAAGCUCCAGAGAAGAGUGAAGGAUCUGGAGGAGGAAAAUCGGUCACUUUGGCACCAGCUGGAUAAAAAAGAAGAAGCCCAACAAGAAAAGGCAAAAGAGGCGGAGGAGCAGAGAACUGUUGGAAGAACAGAACUGGACUUGGAAAAAAUAAAGCGACAAGAACUGGAGUCUGAGAACAAGAAAUUAAAGCUGGAUUUAAACGAGCUGCGGAAGUCUCUGACCAGUGAGAGCAGUGAAUUGGCGCCCCCUGCCCCUGGUUCUUUGCCCUACAAAAUCCUGCUGGAUCAGCUCAGUUCUUCCAACGAGGAGCUGGAAAUGAGAAAAGAGGAGGUGCUGCUCCUCCGCUCACACAUGGUUCGACAGGAGGCUCUAAAACACAAGGAUUCGGUACUUGGAGGUGGUGUGAAAUUAGAUUUUAGCGAGAUUCCUUCAUUCCAAGAUCAUGACAGGUCCACUGACGUUCAUACACUGAAUGAAGAUGGAGAGCUGUGGCUGGCUUAUGAAGGUUUGAAAGAGACCAACAGGCUUCUGGAGUGCCAGAUGCAGGAGCAGGCGCAUAGUCAUGACGAGAAGCAGAGGAAGCUUGUUGAGGAGGUGAACAAGCUGAAGGCUGAAAAGGAGCAGCAGCAGAAACUGUUGGCUCAGAGCCUGCUGAUGUCAGAAGACGCUCGAGUUGAAGCCAGCCUGAAGCACGAGAUCACACGACUCACUGCUGAGAACCUGGAUCGAAUGGAGCAACAAGAAAAUCAAGACAAAGUCAUACGCAAGUUGAAGAAACAACUUAAAUUCUACAUGAAAAAAGUGGAAGAAUUUGCAGAGAGCUCUCAGCAGCUGAGCGGCGCCUCGGUGACGAGCACGCCCGCCAGGCCAGUGAACAUCCCCCGCAAGGAGAAGGAGUUCCAGGGCAUGCUGCAGUUCAAAGAUGGGGACACCAGCCGCUUGUUCAAGAACCUGAUCAUAGAUCUGAAGCCUCGCGGCGUAGCAGUCAGCUUCACUCCGGGGCUUCCUGCCUACAUCAUCUUCAUGUGCCUUCGUCACGCAGACAGCGUGAACGAUGACAGGAGAGUCAGCACCCUCCUCAACUCCACCAUCAGCACCAUCAAAGGAGUCAUAAAGAGGAAAGGAAAUGAUUUAGAAGUGGUUUCUUUCUGGCUGGCCAACACGUGCAGGCUGAUGCACUGCCUUAAGCAGUACAGCGGAGACGAGGCCUACAUGAUGCACAAUACAGCCAAGCAGAACGAGCAAAGUCUGGCUAAUUUUGAGCUGUCAGAGUACCAUCAGCUCUUCAGCGAUCUGGCCAUCCAGAUUUACCGUCAGCUCAUCAAAUGCAUGGAGAAUAUUCUGCUGCCCAUCAUAGUGGCGAGCAUGCUGGAGCACGAGACCAUACACGGGGUGUUGGGGGCCAAACCCACGGGCCUGAGGAAGAGGAGCAGCAGCUUCCCCGAGGAGGAGGCUGUGAGCGUGGAGGUCCUCCUGCAGCGUCUGACCUUCUUCCACAGCACCAUGAGUCAGCACGGGAUGGACUCAGAGCUCAUCAGACAGACGGUCAGGCAGCAGUUUUACAUCAUCUGUGCGGUCACUCUCAACCACCUGCUGCUGAGGAAGGACAUGUGCUCAUGGAGUAAAGGGCUGCAGAUCAGGUACAACGUUUGGCAGCUGGAGGAGUGGCUGAUGGAGCGGGAGCUGACUGACUGUGGGGCGAAGGAGACUCUGGAGCCUCUGGUCCAGGCUGCGCAGCUGCUGCAGAUCAAGAAGAAGACGGAAGCAGACGCCCAAUCGAUCUGCAACAUGUGCACCGCCCUCACCACAGCGCAGAUUGUUAAAAUCUUGACCCUGUACACUCCAGUGAUUGAGUUUGAAGAACGAGUCUCAACCACCUUCAUCACAAUUAUUAGAAGUCUUUUGAAAGACAGGAAGGAGUCGUCGUCCACUUUAACCAUGGACGUCAAGAAGAUCUUCUCUGUCACGUUCCCGUUCACACCUUCCCCCGUGGCUCUGGAAACCAUUCAGAUCCCUGGCAGCCUUAACCUGGGCUUCCUUACCCGCAUCUAGACCUGCGACGAUUGAUGUUUACACUCUGCUCAUCAGAAGACAAAGAAAAGAACACUAAAAAAAGUAAAACAUAUCCUGAUAAGCUAGUGCCACAAAGCUCAAAAAAAGCAGGAUUUUUAUUUUUACAAAUGUAACACCAAAGUGUCCUGAUAACACCAAAGAGUAAAACAAGUUUCUAAGCAAAAAUAAAAUAAAAACUCAGAGGUCAUCUUGUUGCUGUCAGUUUUGUGACUGCACCAGAAAUGCCUUUUACAGAAAAUGCAAUUUAAAUCAGAUCUCAUCUAAAACGAGGAAAUAUGUUUAAGAAAAUCAUGAUUUGUGGGAUGUAUAAACAUUUGCUAUAAACCAAACUAGUUUUUUUCGUAGUUAGAUCUUUUUUAAAAAAUGGAUAACUAUGUGCAAUAUAUAAAUGAUAAUGCUGAAUGUUAAGAAUGUCCUGCAGUUUUAUAUCUGAUGCCAUAUAUUUCUAGAAUAGCUAACGUUAUAAUAUUUAUGUUGGAAAAGGCUGGAGAAAGAAAAAUGCUUUGUAGUCAACAGGUUUUCAUGUUGUGGGUUAGAGUAAAUAAUGGAUUUAUAAUAAGAUGGAUGUAUUUGUAGUUUAUUCAAUAAAAUAUUUAGCAAAGCAGAA